UAAAGUACGAAACACAGCGACACGCAAUUAGUACUGACUGAGCCCGCGUAACAUCAUCCUUGAGGCUGCGUAUCCGGGAGAGAGUCAAUUCAAACGUCUGAAUUACCCUAAUUACCAUCUCUAGUACUCAAUGUCUAGCCCUCUUUCAUCUCUUUGCCGUGGUAUUUUUAGCACUUUUUGUCCGAGCAAGCCGAGACAUUGCUUUUAUUGUCUGUCACGAGCAAGCCUUUUCGGACUGUCUGUUAGAAAACGUCUGCCCACAAAUUUGCAGAUCCCGACCGACUCGGAAGUUGCUUCAGGUCCAAGACAGCGCCACUGGCACCUUCACGAUAAAGAAGACAUAUAUCAUAACGCUUUAUUUUGUGGUUGGUACAUGAGUAAGGAAACGAGGAAAAUGAACAUCCAUAGGCCAUCUCACCUUGUAACGAGCGGGGUGGGUAAGUCCGGUCCUAAGCUCGCUGAUCGGUAUGACAGAAAGACAGGUAGACUACCAAACAAGAAAAAACAAAGGGAAACAUUUCCACGCCUUCCCGUGCCAUGCUAAAAGAGUAAAAAAGAAAAAUAGUUAAUAUGUACGAUUGUUGUUUUCGCUCCUUUUCCCCCACCGGCGGAGGAACGCCUGCUUAUCCCAUCUCGUCAUUGGCUGAAUGGACUCGCAUUGAAACCUCGAACC